AUGGUUUAAAAUAAAAAUAAUCAAGAUUAUGUUGGCACGACUUAAAAAGAUAUUGGAACUCAUAUCAUUGACCAGAUAAACUCAGCAAACAGCCAAUAAUAUUAUCCCUUAGCUUACGAAACUGACUCAAAAUUAAUACCACCCUCUCCAUCAGAAAUAUUCACUUAAAUUGAUAAUUCUCAAACAGGUCCAAAGCUAUUAAGAGCUACAGCCAUUAAACUACCACAAGAUUAAUCAUUCAUCGAUUAAACUUGCACUCCAUUCGGAAUAUUAGUUUAGCCACUUACUGAUCUAUCUUACGACAGAUAAGUUGAUGAAAACAAUUGCGAAGUCAACGAGUACAUGCCUGUAAUAGAUUGCUAUGACUCUUAGAUACUUAGAUGUCCAAGAUGUCUAUGCUAUAUUAAUCCAUUUUUCAAAUUUAUUGAAAACGGCUAGAGUGUUAUUUGUAAUAUAUGCCAAUAUCAAUUUCAAUGUCCUGAGUACUAUUAUUCUCAGCUUAACGAAAUGGGAUUGAGAAGAGAUCUAAAACAACGAUUUGAGCUUCACAAAGGAUCUUACGAGUUUAUUGCUCCAAGAAUAUUUUAUGAUAAAAAGGAGUACAAGCCAGAUGAAUAUGUCCUAAAUAAAAUCUUUGUCAUAGAUGUUAGUCCAUUUUCAGUACAAUUGGGAUUAUUUGAAUAAGCAAUAUACAGUAUUAAACUAACUUUAGAUUACAUGGAACAAGAACACACUAAAAUAUCCAUCCUUACAUUUGAUGCCAAUGUUCAUUUAUAUCAACCAAGCAAAAUAAAUCCAAAUGGAGAACCUCUAAUUUACAUCAUGGCAAACAGUGAAGAGCCUUUUUUGCCUAUUCCUCAAUAGUAAUUAUUGCUUCACAUUAGAGACUAAAGACAAACCAUAGAUUAUAUAUUAGAUAAAAUACUGGUCCUCUAUACAAAUCAAGCUAACUAAGUUACAACUCAAAGACAUGUAGCAGGUGCUGCCCUAAAAGUAGCUGAGCUAAUUUCAGAAAAUUAAUAGGGAAAUAUUAUUCUAUUUUCUGCGAAUAUGCCCAACACAGGGGUUGGAAAGUUUUUGACCAGAGAUGAUAGUUCACUCUACAAUACAGAUAAAGAACCAACCUUACUUAAGCCGUUUAUAGAUUAUUAUACUCUCUAAGGCUAGAAUCUUAACAAGAAUGGAGUUUGCUUGGAGACUGGAGCUAUUACAUAAGCAAGGAUUGAUUCUGAUAAAGUUUUAGGAAUUGAACUUUAGCUAGAUAAAAAUCAACUAAAAAAUUUUACUGAGCAUUAUUUACAGUUUGCUAUACUCUUCAAUAAUAUUUAAGGAUAAAAAAGGAUAAGGGUACUAAACUAUAGAAUAACAGCAGCAAAUAGCUUUUCUCAAUACUUGGAGAGUAUUGAUCAAGAAACUCUAGGUUAAUUUGUCAUUAGAAGCUAAUUAUGCCAAGUUUAAAAUACAGGGCUAAAAUAAGUGAAGUAAAAUCUUCUAAGGUCAAUGUCAACUUUAACAAAAACAUAUAUCACUGAGAUUAAAGGAAAUGCUCCAUUAUAUAGUCAAGAAAUCCCCUAAUAAUUAGCCAUUUUUGCAGGGUACAUAAACAGAGUCCUACGAAGCAAAGUAUAAAUAUAUUUAUUCUUUACCAAUAUUAGGCUCUACGUUUGCUUCCUUACAAUAAGAUACACUAUAUUACAUAGAAUGGACAAAGAAUUCUAAAUAUGUCUUUGCAGAAAUUUUGCUAUUUCUCUUAUCCUAGAAUAUAUUGCCUAAACGAUUUAUAAACUCAAGUAAUUUUAAAGAUUAACUAAUUAUUAGGCAUACGAAUAAAUUGAAGAUUAGGGAUAAUAAAUUGUGAAGCCUUUAUGCUAGAGAACUGCUUUAUAAUUACUCAAUCAAGAAAACAUGUAUAUUUUUGAUGAUGGAGAAUAUAUCUAUCUCUAUGUCGGUGAAAGAUUAGACUCUUAUCUUAUUCAAUAAUUCUUCGGCUAUGAUCAUUUUGCAGAGCUGAGGAAUUCUCAAAUAAAGACAUUCUAUCCUCAAGAGCAUUUGUACUACUCAAUGAAGCUCAGUGAGUUGAUAGAAACAUUGAAAUAUGAAAAAUCUUGCGGGUAUUAAUAGCCUGUUCAGUUGAUAUUUAAAAUGUCUCUUGAAUUUGAAGUGAUGAAGCAAGAUAUUAUGGUAGAAGAUGUUUAUGACACUACCACUGAUUUUUCAUUAAAGCAAUUUGAAGAUAUCAUCAAGCAAGAGAUCAAUAAAAUUUCGAAAAAGUGA